GAAAAAAAAGGAGAAAAUAAAAAUAAAACGGAAAACAAAAGGAUGUUCAACAAAAUCCAUCGACAUUUUCUCUCUCCACAAUUUAUUUCCGUAUUAAUAAAAGUCCUAUUCUAGGAAAACCCAAACAAUCCCUUUUUUACCCUUUUCUAUGCUCCAUUUGAAUUAGGGUUUCGUUUGUUUUUCUCAUCCUGAUCCAGGUCGAAACCCUAAUCGCCCGAUCCGUCUAACUAGCCGUUAGCCUUCCGUUUCCCGCUGUUGAUCUACCGGCUUCGAUUUGUAACCGUUGGAUCCGUCAUUUGGUCCAGCGUUCCGCAUUCUUUUUGACAUAGUUUUUGAUUUUUUUUUUAAAUUAUUUAUUCGACCGUUACUUUGCCGGAGUUGGCCGGAAAUGGCUGCAGCGGUGGAAUCGGAGAAUAAGGUUGAAGAAAAGAAGUCGGAGAAGGGGGGAGAGCUGUUGUUAUGUGGGUCAACGUGUUGGGAUGCAAUCGGGCGGCGCAAAGGCACUUUGGAGGGCAAUUUGGUGUCUCCCACUCGCCUGCGACCGCUCGUUGGCGUCGACAUCAGGUUUAUCGCCGCUGGUUGUGCUUCCUGUCAUUGUGUGGCAUUGGAUGUUGAAGGUCGGUGCUAUACCUGGGGCCGCAAUGAGAGAGGGCAGCUAGGUCAUGGUGACAAGCUUCAGCGCGAUAGGCCGACUUUUGUAUCUGAACUCUCAAAGUAUAAAAUCAUUAGGGCUGGAUCUGGAAGGAGCCAUACGGUGGUAGUUUCUGAAGAUGGACAAUCUCUUGCCUUUGGCUGGAACAAACAUGGGCAGCUGGGUUCAGGCUCAGUAAAAAAUGAAGUUGAGCUAUCACCUGUUCGCUGUCUUGUCUCUGAAGUAAAAACCGUUGCUUGUGGAGCUGAAUUUACUGUGUGGUUAUCUUCUGCUGAAGGAGCUUCUAUACUAACUGCAGGUCUUCCACAGUAUGGUCAACUUGGACAUGGGACAGACAAUGAGUACAAUAGUAAAGAUAGCUCAGUGAGGCUUGCUUACGAACCGCAACCACGCCCCAAAGCAAUAGCUUCUCUUUCUGGGGAAACCAUUGUGAAAGUUGCAUGUGGAACAAACCAUACAGUGGCAGUGGAUUCAAGUGGCCAUGUUUACACGUGGGGAUUUGGUGGCUAUGGAAGGCUUGGACAUAGAGAGCAGAAGGAUGAGUGGGUUCCUCGUCGUGUUGAGGUCUUUCAAAGGCAGAAUGUUCUACCUCCUGAUGCAGUGAUUUCAGCUGGUUCUGUUAAUUCCUCAUGUACUGCUGGUGGAGGGCAGUUGUACAUGUGGGGCAAAAUAAAGAUUACAGGUGAUGACUGGAUGUAUCCUAAGCCUCUUAUGGAUUUAAGUGGUUGGCAUCUAAAUUGCAUGGAUUCAGGCAAUAUGCACCAUUUUGUUGGUGCUGAUUCCUCCUGCAUCAGUUGGGGCCAUGCCCAGUAUGGAGAAUUGGGAUAUGGCCCUAAUGGCCAGAAGUCUUCUGCAGUUCCAAAAAAGGUAGAUAUCCUUGAGGGCAUGCAUGUUAUCACUGUUGCGUGUGGGUUUGGGAAUUCGAUGGUGGUUGUUGAUAGGACUAAUGUUGGUGAUCGACUUGAUCAGCUUGAUAUUUAUGACGGGAAAGCUGCUGGUGAAGGGAGUGAGGAACCUGAAAGCCUGAAUGCAGUUCCUAAGAAAACUACAAAGAAAGGUGCUGCUGCUGCUAAAGCUUCUGAGAACUCCAAGAAGAGGAAGAAGUCAAAAGAAUCAUCAGACUCUGAAAGCGAGGAGGAUUAUGAGGAUAAUGACAGUGAUGAUAGUGAAGUAGAGGUCAAUGGGGAGGCAGAGAAGAAAAGGCAACGGGGUGGAAAGGCUUCUGGCAGAGGCCGGGGCAAAGGUGCUAAGAAACCUGCAACAGGGAAAAAAGACUCUGGGCGCGGGCGAGGCCGCCCUCUUGCUGUUGAGAAAACCUCGCAGCAUUCUCAGGGGAAAGGGAAAAGAGGAAGGCCGAGGAAGUGAUGAGUUAACAUUUCUCAAUUCGGAUUGAAAACCUCGCAGCAUUCUCAGGGAAAAGGGAAAAGAGGAAGGCCGAGGAAGUGAUGAGUUAAACAUUUCACAAUUCGGAUUGGAAAUUUUGUUAUCAAUCCAGCUAAGUGUACUUAGUUUUGCCCAUUGAAUUAUUUUUAUUUACAGUUCCUUCAAACUGUUGUGAUUCUCAAUGGAAACAAUCCUCCCUAACCAACACUCGAUUCUUGAGGGCUGGGAGAAGGCAUCAAACAUCCUGAAUGGUGAUUUUAUACCUGAUUUCUUUUUGUUUAAAUUGAAAGGGAAGUCUACUCAUUCUGUUUCAUUUAUAA